AUGCUGCCCAAACCUGGGAUCUAUUACUUCCCCUGGGAAGUCAGUGCUGGCCAAGUGCCCAACGGGGGCACACUGAGAACAUUCGGCAGGUUGUGCCUCUAUGAUAUGACCCAAUCCCGAGUGACACUGAGAGCACAGCAUGGAUCUGACGAGCACCAGAUCCUGGUCUGCACCAAGUUGGUGGAGCCGUUCCAAGUCCAGAAAGACUCCCUGUACCUUGUCCUUGGAGAGCUGGAGCAUGAGGAUGGAGGCUCCGUAGUGAAGGCCCGGGUGCUGACUUGUGUGGAAGGAAUGAACCUACCCUUGUUAGAACAAGCCGUCCGGGAGCAGAGGAGGUACCAGCAAGAGAGGGACAACAGCCAGUAG